UUAAAAUUAACCGACAUAACCUUAUUAUUUACCGCAACACGUAAAAGGGAUGUCCAAAACCAAUGAACCAGUAGACAUCAUGGGUCCACUAGCUAGUCUAUAUGACAACCGUGUCGAGAGAAAUUGCCAUCUCAGAAGCCCAUCUCUCCCAUGGAGCUGAGCAAACCAGAAAUUGCCAUCGAGUUCCCCCUACUGAUUCGAGUCUACAAAGACAACCGUGUAGAGAGACUUAUGGACACCGAUAUCGUUCCGGCAUCAUCGGAUGAAAGAACCGGUGUCACAUCCAAAGACAUAACAAUCAUCGCCGCCGAACCCGAUAUCUCCGCGCGCCUUUACCUCCCAAAGCUCACUAAACCAAAUCAAAAGCUUCCUCUUCUUGUCUACUUCCAUGGAGGAGCCUUCUGCGUCUCCUCGCCAUUCACUUCCAAGUACCACAAUUACCUCAACGCUCUCGUGGCCGAAUCCAACGUUGUUGCGGUCUCUGUGAACUACAGGAAAGCCCCCGAAUACCCUCUACCAGCCGCGUACGAGGACGCCUGGGCUGCGCUGCAAUGGGUCGAGGCCCAUUGUAGUAAUGGUGGCCCUGAGGCUUGGUUGAAUGAGCACGCGGAUUUUGAGAGGGUGUUCUUGGCUGGAGUGAGUGCUGGCGCCAAUAUUGCUCAUAACUUGGCUAUGGCGGCUGGAAAGGCCGAGCUUGGGCCGAACCUGGGCCUUCUUGGGGUCGCUUUGGUCCACCCGUAUUUCUGGGGGUCGGAUCCUAUUGGGUCGGAGGCUCAGAUUCCGGGAUUGAAGGAAGGUGUGGAUAGGUUGUGGCCUUUUAUCUGCCCGUCUGCACCGGACAACGAUGACCCACGGAUUAAUCCAGUGGCUAAGGGUGCUCCUAGCUUGGCGGGGUUGGGUUGCAGGAGGGUAUUGGUGUGUGUGGCUGAGAAGGAUAUAUUGAGGGAUAGAGGGUGGCUUUACUUUGAGGCGUUGGGUCGGAGUGGGUGGAUGGGUGUGGUGGAGAUCGAAGAGACAAUAGGGGUGGAUCAUGCGUUUCAUUUGAAGGAUUUGGAGGGUGAGAAAGCCAAGGAAUUGAUCAAAUUGUUGGCUGAUUUCUUCAAUAGGGAAAUGCCUCCACUGAUUUGAUUGUGUGCUAUUGCUUUUGAUUUGUGUUUAUCAUCAAAUUGUAUGGCAAUUAUGUAAAAAUAUACUA